AUGGUAGUCUCGGCAUGGCCCUUGCCGUUUGGCAUGGGAUCAAGAUGGGCUUGGGCCACAGAUAGAGCUUCGGCAAAGGCUUGGGAAGAAUUUCUAGGGUUGAGCUUUCGAGCCUUCAGCAAAGAGGAAGGCCUGGUGCAACUUUAUGGGCCUCCUAGCCUGUGUAUGGAGCUAGGCCGCAAGAACUAG